UAAGUCAUUUUUUCUAUGCCCCUACUGCGCAACAAAUUAGUAACUGUCGUUGUGUCGUGAUACAAAAUCAAAUAUGUUGUCAAAUUAUAUUUCGCGAAUUGUUUAUAAUUAAAUAAAGUAAAUGUCAUUACAUAAUUGCUAUCAACCAAAAAAGUGUAUAUAAUUAAACUUAUUUUUAAUUGAUAAGCACAAUGACGACAAUCAAUAAAUGUGAUGAAUGCUGCAAAAAACAGUCAUAUUUAUCUUGGAAAGAUUAUUUCAUGUCUGUAGCAUUUCUUUCUGCAAAACGUAGUAAAGAUCCGUGCAGUCAAGUUGGUGCUUGUAUUGUUAAUGAAGAUAAUAGAAUCGUUGGUGUGGGAUAUAACGGAUUUCCUAGAGGAUGCUGUGAUGAUGAUUUUCCCUGGACCAAAGAUGAAGAAAAUACCUUAGACUCAAAAUAUCUUUAUGUUUGCCAUGCAGAAAUGAACGCAAUUCUUAACAGGAAUUCGUAUAAUUUAAAAGAAUGCACUUUAUAUGUUGCUCUUUUCCCUUGCAACGAUUGUGCUAAAUUAAUUAUUCAGUCAGGCAUCAAGACUAUUUUUUAUGCAUUUUGCAAAAACUUUAACGAUGUCAGAAUAAUUGCAUCCAAAAAAAUGUUUGAUGCUGCGAGUGUUAAUUAUAGUCAAUACGUUCCAAAUUCCAAAAAAAUUGUGAUAGAUUUCACUGCCAUUAAUUUGGAUCAAGUUGAUCAACUGCCACCGUCUCCUCAAAAAGAGAAUGAAAUUGUAAACAAUUCUCUUUGUCAAUCACCAUUAUUAAAUAAAAAUGAUUUAUUUAUCUGUGAUAAAUUCCAGUCUGAAAUGAAAAUAAGUGAUACUGGUGCAGGAAGGCAAUCAUUUUUAUCAUGGGAUGAUUAUUUUAUGGGAAUGGCGUUUCUAGCUUCCAUGCGAAGUAAAGAUCCUCACACACAAGUGGGCGCUUGUAUUGUUAACGAAGAAAAAAUAAUUGUUGGAAUAGGUUAUAACGGAUUUCCUCGAGGGUGCAGUGAUGAUGAAUUUCCCUGGAUGAAAAAUCAACCGGAUAUGUUGCAGUCCAAAUUCCUCUAUGUUUGCCAUGCAGAAGUGAAUGCAAUUUUGAACAGGAAUUCGGAAAAUUUAAAAAAUUGUACAAUUUACGUUGCUUUGUUUCCGUGUAACGAAUGUGCUAAGAUAAUAAUUCAAUCUGGGAUAAAGAAAAUCUUAUUCUUAUCCGACAAGAAGGCACACAAAGUUGGGACGAUAGCUUCAAAAAAAAUGUUAGAUGCCGCAAAAGUGGAAUACAAGCAAUACGUGCCCAAGAACUUAGUGAUGGAAAUUGACUUUCCUCAAAUUGAAAAUUAAUAUACGAGAAAUCUUUAAAAUAUCUCUGGAUCUUCUACACAUUCAGAGUUACGGAUUGUUGACAUUCAUAAUUAUGAUGUUUGUAUCAAAUUGAGAAUAUAUUAAUUCUCAGAAACUGUAUUUUUUGUACCAAAAAAAAGUGGAUAUAAAAAGCUAUUUUUUUCAAAUUGAAAAAAAGAGUUAAAUAUUAAAUAUAUAAUUUUGUUAAUUAAAAUAAAUGUAUUUAAAGUAUUUAACAAACUUUUAUACCAUAAGGUAAAUUUCUGCAAUUUCAAAUUGGAAGUUUAAAUAUUGUUACAAGAUUAAACAAUUAUUUUGUAAAAAGAAUACUACGACUUUGUUUAAAAUAAAGAAUGGCAAACGAUUGAAAAAAUUA